AUGGCAGAUAACUCGUGGGUCUAUGGCAUUCGUCAUCAGGCACGGUGUUUGACGAGCGUCAGUGCCAGUACAGAAAAAAGCAAGUUUCUAGUGGGCACAGUAGGUGUCAAGAACAAUGUCGUGUGUUUGCUUGAGUUUGACGAAGACAAGUCCGAGAUUACCCCAACAUUAUUGGACCACCCUAACGAAAUCUGGGAUAUUGUGUCAUGUCCAUCGGAUGAAUCACUUUUCUUUACGUGCCACAGUCCAGUUGGCGCGGACCCGGCAGAGAAGAAAGCAACGCUAUGGAAACAGACGAGCACGGCACUAGAGGAAGUAACGACGCUCGAUUCAUCCGGUGUUUUCAAAGUACUAUGGGAUCCAGCUGAAGGCGCUUCACGUAUCAUUGCACUCGGACAUUCGAAUGUUUACCUGUCCAACAUGAAGGAUGGUAAACAACAAUCAGCAAUCAACGUAGUACAAAAAGACCAGGAUAAUGGUGGAUGUUUACAAAAUGCUUCUUGGAAUCCGCAUAACCGUGAGUCGAUUGUAACUACAGCAGGACGUGAUCUUGCCGGCUGGGAUUUAAGGUCGGGCAAAAACGAGUUUAUCCGGAAAGGCGCGCAUCAAAGCACAAUCCGUGCGGUCGACUGCAAUGCCAACAAACCGUAUCACGUGGCAACAGGUGGUGAUGAUGCACAAGUGCGGAUAUGGGACGUACGACAAUUGGCCGAGCCGCUCAUGGUUGUUGAAGGACAUACCCAUUGGGUAUGGUCUGUUGCGUUUAACAAGUUCCACGAUCAACUCUUAUUGACGUCGGGAUCGGAUACUGUUGUCAAUUUACAUAACGUUGUUUCUGUCUCAUCGGCAUCGUAUCUUGGUAAUCUAAGCAGCAGUAGCACCAGCAGCAGUAGUACCACUAGCAGUAGUAAUGGCGGCAGUAGUAAUAAUAGCAACAAAAGCGGAAGCAACAGCAAAAGUAACCAUGACAAUGACUCUGAUCAGCAGCAAGAAGAGGACAAUUAUUGGAAUAGCCAUAAGCCGACAGAUGGAUUGAUAUGUACAUACGAUCAACACGAAGAUAGCGUGUACUCUGUUGCAUGGAGCCCUGCCGAUACCUGGACAUUUGCGUCAUUAUCGUAUGCUGGUCGUGUCGUAAUCAGCCAAGUGCCUGUGACUGAAAAGUUCAAGAUCCUUGGCGUUUGA